UCCAAUUUUCCUAAACACAAAAACAAGAAGAAGAAAAUGGCAAGAACCCAUAAUUUGUUUCUGUUAUCAGUUUUGCUCCUAGCUGUAGCCGUUACUUAUGCAAGCGCGGAUGGAUAUGGAGAGCAUAAAAGUUCAUAUCCAAAACCAUAUGCACCACCUAAAAUAGUAUCUGAUGUUGUGGUGGAAGGGGUAGUCUACUGUCAGAGCUGCAAGCACUCAGGAUCAUGGUCUUUCCAAGAUGCAAAGCCCAUUGGUGGUGCUGUAGUCAGUGUUACUUGCAGGAAUUACAGGAACAGAAUCACCUACUACAAGGCCUUCACUGCAAACGACGAAGGCUAUUUCUAUGCUCAGCUUCAGGGAUUUUCGAUGAGGCAUCCGUAUCUGGAUCAUCCUCUUCAGGCUUGUGUAGUGAAGCUGGUUUCUUCCCCUCUCGAAAGCUGUGAUGCCUACACUAACAUCAACUAUGGUGAAAACGGAGCUAAGCUUCGGUUUGAGAAGAAGAAAAUAAUGUCCAAGAAUUACGACGCUGUGAUUUAUGCUGCUGGUCCUUUGGCCUUCCUCCCUGAAUACUGUACUCCUGACGAAUACUGAUUUAUUUUUGUGUGAUUAGUUUAUUAUCCUCGCCUCAGUUUACUAACUUUGGCGUAUUGUAUGUGACUUGUGGGGUUCUUGUCUAAAUAUGAGAGCCAUUUUGUAUGUUCAUGAAUACUAAGCAUUAACAUUUUCUUA